CUGGACCAGCACCUAAUGACUCUGGAAAAACAGGGCCACCUGCAGAAAGCUCUGGGACCUCAGGCGAGCCUCAGGAAGGAUGUCAGUCCACAAGCUCAUCUGUCAAUCAACCUCGCACCUCUCAACCAGCUGCAGUGCAGUCUAGAACCACUGGGCUAUCUGUCAUGGAGGCAGGAACCACAGGGCAAUCCGUGCAAGACUCCAGGACCAACCGGCCUGGCUCAGCAGGCAGUAGCAGUGGACCCACUGGGGCUGGAACAGCAGGAGCAGGGCGCCAGACCACGGCUCCAUCAUCCCAGGGCUCUGGCACCACUGGACCAUCUUUUGUUGUCUCUCAGACUUCAAGCCAGUCUAAGGAAGGAUCUGAAUCCACAGGCUCAUCUGUCAUAGGAUCUGAUUCCACUUCAACCUCCUUGGUGUACCCAUGGGCACCACUGGCUUCUCUUCUACCCUGCUGGGCACUACUGCUUCCUUGGUGGGCAUUGUCACAACCACAAGAGUUUUUCCUCAGGGAUCCUCUGCUGACACAGCUCCAGGAGUCUCAAGCAAUGGAAUUCCUCCAGAACUCGUUGAAUUGCCAUCAAAACAGCCAGAAGUAACAGGUGAGAAAACAUAGGACUGUAGAUAACCAUUUGAAAGAACUGAUAUGACAGGAACAGAAUAGGAAACAGGAUACCAAACAUCAGACUUACCAGAUCAGCAACACAUGAAUUUCAGAGUAGAUGCUGGACUUUUUUCUGUUUUUUGUUUUUCUCCCAGAGCCCUGCUCAGCUCUGGCUGAUGGUGGUGUGGGGGAUUGAACCUGGGACCUGUGAGCCUCAAGCAUGAGUCUCUUGGUAUAACCAUUAUGCCGUCUACCCCUGUCCACUUUUUCUUUUUUUACACCUUUUUUUUUUAGAAAUUUUAAAAAAAUAUUUAUUUAUUUCCUUCUGUUGCCCUUGCUGUAGUUAUUAUUGUUGUUGUUAUUGAUGUCAUCGUCAUUGCAUAGGACAGAGAGAAAUCGAGA